AUGCCUUGGAGGAAGAUUAAGUUGGCAUUUAUUCAAAAUGAUGCAGCCAGGAAAAUCGCCUACAAGCAAAGGAAGAGAGGGAUAAUGAAGAAGGUGAAGAAGCUGAGCACACUAUGCGAUGUGGCUGCAUGUGCCAUCGUGUACGGGCCCUACGACCCAAAUUCAGAGGUUUGGCCUUCCCCCUCGGAAGCCAAAAGUGUGUUGGAACAGUUCAGAAGCUUCACCGAAAUGGGAAGAUACAAUAAGAUGGUGAACCAAGAAGAGUUCCUCAUUGAGAAGAUCGCUAAGCUCAAGGAGAAACUGAAUAAGCAAGUGAGGGAGAACCAAGAGAAAGAGAAAACCAAACUCAUGUUCGAGUGCUUGUUAGGUCAAAAGGAUCUAAACGAUCUGAGCCUCGAGACUCUAGGCGAUCUGGAAUGGUUUGUUAAUAGUAAGAUGGAGGUCAUUCAAGAUAGGAUCCAACUCCUCAACAGUUCCCCACCUGUUGUUGUUGUUGUUGCUGCUACCAGAGAUGAAGUGAAUAGUGGUGGAGGAGAUCAGGUGGAGGCUAUGGAGGCUGUGCAUGCAGGAAAACAACCCUGGUUCUUGGAUUUGAAUCUGAAAUUAUGA